ACACUUCGAUCUUCAACAAUGGCGAGAAAUGAAUUGCCUCCGGGGAGGAACACAAAUCCCAACAACAAUUCCACGAGCCCUGCCACAACCAAAGCCAAAACAAAGAAUUCACCUAAAACCAUCGCGAAGAGCAGCAACGGAAGCCGAAACAGAAUCACGGAAGCCGCCAAUGGCGAUGCUUCCAGCGAAGAUACGGAAGUAUCCGUUGUUCCGUCCUCGAGUGUGGAAUCGGAAAACGAUUCUAGAGCUUCGAUUCACCGCCGCCACAUCGAUUCACUGGCCACGGAGUCCAGUGAGGCGGAGGACGACGGAGUAGAACAGAGGAGCUCGAGCAACGAAGAAGAGGAGGAAGAGGAAAAGGAGGUAGAAGAGGAGGAAGAAGAAGGGGAAGAGGAAGAGGAGGAGGAAAACGAAGAAAAGAAGCCAAAUAGCGUUAAUAGGAAAGGCAAAAGGGACAAUGCGAAGAGUAAGGGGAAAAAGAGAAGUAGAAAGGAGGAAGACGAAUCGGAGGCGGAGGAGAAGGGCGAGAAUGCGCAGUAUGUGUUUCCGAUGAAGCGGAUCAAUCGGAUUGCUAAGGUCGAGAAUCCUGAUCGUAAGUUUUUCCAGGAGGCGGUAUUCGUCAUCAAUAGAGCUUCGGAGAAGUUUCUCCAAGUUUUCUGCAAGGAGGCAUAUGCUUGCGCAUUUCUUGAAAAGAAAAAACAGAUCGCUUACAAUCAUUUGUCUUCAGUAGUUUCCAAACGGAAGCGAUUUCAGUUUAUCUCCGAUUUUGUUCCUGAGAAGACGAAGGCGAAGGAUGCUUUAGCACUAGGGGAAGAGGCUGAGAUGACGAAGGCUAAGGAGAAAUAAUCUGGAUUGAGAGUACAAAUCUUUCACCAGUCUCUUUCUUGCCUGCAUUUUCUAAGUGGCAAAUUCUAUUGAAGAAUUUGUGGAGGAUAAGCUUUUUUUUUGAGUAAUUCAUUUUUUUCUUUUUCUAACCUAUAUGAGCUUACGGCUAUAUUAUUGUUAACUUUAUUGAAAAAAUGCAAGCUUCCUCCUGGUAGAAAUCAUAAAUCUGGGUAGUAUUUUCCA